AUGUGCAUCACUUGUCCAGUCUGGCGCAAGUGUUCUCGUACCUGUUUGACCGUCGGUCUUUCAUUCAUUCUGGCCUACUCAAUUUUUCAAUGUGUUUGGUUCCUGGUGUUCACGAGCAUCCUGGCCAGUCCGGAUCCGACGCAUGUGAUAAACAAAUUAGCCCAACCACCCUCUCCAGUGGUUCAGUUACCCCGUGCCCAUUUUGGAUAUGCUUAUUCGGGAAAAGAUGUCUCGCUGAAACCGUUCCUCAUCACUUCGACUGAACGAGUGGCAAAUAAACCGCAUUCGGGACCGUUAGUCAGGACUGGAAUAAAACAACGACAAGCACAGAACUCCGAUGAACUGGAAUCCAAAGCGAAACGUCCAAUCCCGGCGGAUGAAGACGAGGAAGCGAAUGAGGUUCGCGAUCGUGAUGACCCAGAUUCGAAAUCCGAUCAGGUGAUUAACUCACCUUCACCACCGGUUUUCGGAAAAUGGUCCACGAGACAUUGUAAACAUAAUGCACCAUACUACUCAAAUUCACACGUAUCGCCAAUCAAAUCGAUCCAAAAUAGCUUGCCCAGUACCCUGCAUAUGCUUAACACACUAUCCCCCAGUAAACAGACAUCUGAUAGACUAACCGUCGGAAGUAUUCUACCCCAUUUGUGUCUGACAGAACAAACUCAACUAUUGAUUGUGAUCCAAUCGGAUGUGCGGAACUCAUCGCAACGUAAUCGAAUCCGACAGAGCUGGUCCUCCCUAGAUUAUUUCACCUUUGACGCAACCGGAGCAGGGGAUCGGGGACCGGACAAAGUCGAAUACCUGUUUCUGGUCGAUUUUGUUCACAAUCAAUCCGUGCUGAACGCGGCUCAAUUGGAUUUGUUCACGCUGGAAAUCAAACGAGAACAGGACGUGUUACCGAUUCGUAUCAUUCCCGAGGAACAACGGAUGUAUCACAGCUAUCUACAGGCCAGUGAAUACAUUCUCACCCGGUGUGGAUCCCGCGUGCAAUAUGUGGCUUUCCUAACCGACGAUCUGAUGCCCAAUAUUCCCUUGUUGGGUAGUUUUGCUCGGGAAAAUCGAAAUCGACCGCGAAGCACAGAUCACAUAGAACCGAUGUACUGUUUUUCGGUCGAGGAAGAACGUCCAAUAAGACCACGAAAGACCAAACAACCGGGCAAAGUGAUUGUGACCCAAUCUGAAUGGCCGCGAACCACAUUUCCCACCUAUUGUGAUUUAAGGGCUGGCGGUUUUCUAAUUUCCACAUCGAGUUUACAAUUGUGGAUGUCCUGUGCACAUGUGUAUCGUUCAUUCAUCAAAUUGCCUCAGAUCUUUUUGACCGGAAUUUUGACCGAGGCGGCCGGUGUGCCAAUUCAACGAUACUGGACCACAUACGGGGAGCCGGUUCCCCUCCUGCCCAGUCUGGGAUCCGGUUCGGAAGCUGGAAAACAUCUGUUUUUCACGCAAACUAAUCUGCAACCUUUGUGGGUAUGGAAAUCCGUGUUUCGGUCAAUGCUCAGUGAAGCACUACGGUAA